UCCCCUUAUGUCCCGAUGUCCCCAAUAAACGCUCUGCCACCACUACUGUCUCUCAGGCGUCUCUUUGCAACCGCGGGUGACACUUCCCCCAAACAUGGCGGCCCCCUAUGGCCGCCGCCAUUGCUCUCCCCAGGCCGCUGCCAUGCUGUGGGCGGGUACGCCCGUAUCCGGAAGCGGAAGUUGGACACGCCCCCGCUUCCGGUCGUUGUUGGGCCUAGCCGGGAGCGUCUCUCGGAGGCGGCGACAGCGAUGGACAGCGAAUUCUCGGACGCGGAGGCGGCCCCGGGCGGGGAGGAGAACGCGCCGGUUUAUUGCGUGUGCCGCAAGCCGGACAUCAACUGCUUCAUGAUCGGCUGUGACAACUGCAACGAGUGGUUCCAUGGGGACUGCAUCAACAUCACCGAGCGCAUGGCCAAGGCCAUCCGCGAGUGGUACUGCCGGCAGUGCCGCGAGAAGGACCCGUCCCUGGAGAUCCGGUACCGGCACAAGAAAUGGCGGGAGAAGGAGCACGAGGGGACCAAGGGGCAGGAGCUGGAGCAGGGCCGGGCUGCCAAGAUCAAGCGCUCGGCCCGCAUGUGCGGCGAGUGCGAGGCGUGCCGGCGCCCCGAGGACUGCGGGCAGUGCGACUUCUGCCGGGACAUGAAGAAAUUUGGGGGCCCCAACAAGAUCCGCCAGAAGUGCCGGCUGCGGCAGUGCCAGCUGCGGGCGCGGGAGUCCUACAAGUACUUCCCCACCUCGCUGGCUCGGGGGCGUGAGGGGGACCUGGAGCUGCUGAAGGCGCAGCUGGGGGGGCCGGGGCCCCCCGAGAGCCUCUCGGAUGAGGAGCUGCCCCUCGACCCCCGGCUCUACCAGGAGCUCUGCGCCGGCGCCUUCGACGAGCACGGCCUGCCCUGGCUCAGCGACGCCGAGGACGCGCCGUUCCUGGACCCCGUCCUGCGCAAACGCGCCGUGAAGGUCAAACACGUCAAACGCCGCGAGAAGAAAUCCGACAAGAAGAAGGAGGAGCGCUACAAGCAGCACCGGCAGCGGGCACGGCACUGGCACGCUACAAGCGGCACCGAGCGCGCCGACGCCCGCGACCCCGCGGGGCUGGGGCAGUGCCUGGGCCCCGGCUGCACCCGCCCCGCGCGCCCGCCCUCCAAGUACUGCAGCGAGGCCUGCGGCAUCAAACUGGCUGCCAACCGGAUCUACGAGAUCCUGCCGCAGCGGAUCCAGCAGUGGCAGCAGAGCCCGUGCGUGGCGGAGGAGCACGGCAAGCGGCUGCUGGAGCGCAUCCGGCGCGAGCAGCACCAGGCGCGGCUGCGGCUGCAGGAGAUGGAGCGGCGCUUCCACGAGCUCGAGGGGCUCAUCGCCCGCGCCAAGGGGCACCCGCCCCGCGAGGACGAGGAGAGCACGGAGGGGGACAGCGAGGACACGGACCUGCAGAUCUUCUGCGUGUCCUGUGGCCACCCCAUCAACCCCAAGGUGGCCCUGCGGCACAUGGAGCGCUGCUACGCCAAGGUGAUCCCGGGAUCUGGGGGGGGGAGGGGGGGCAGGACACCCUGGGGGAGCUUUCUGGGGGCCACCCGGCUGUUCUGUGACGUUUACAACCCCCAGAGCAAAACCUACUGCAAGAGGCUGCAGGUGCUGUGCCCCGAGCACUCCCGGGACCCCAAGGUGCCCGCGGACGAGGUGUGCGGGUGCCCGCUGGUGCGCGACGUCUUCGAGCUGACCGGGGACUUCUGCCGCGUCCCCAAGCGCAAGUGCCACCGCCACUACUGCUGGGAGAAGCUGCGCCGCGCCGAGGUGGACCUGGAGCGCGUCCGCGUGUGGUACAAGCUGGACGAGCUGUUCGAGCAGGAGCGCAACGUGCGGGCGGCCAUGACGAACCGGGCGGGGCUGCUGGCGCUGAUGCUGCACCAGACCAUCCAGCACGACCCGCUGACCACGGACCUGCGCUCGGACCGCUGACCACGGCCUGCCUCAGGCCGCUGACCGCCCCCAGAGCCCCAAAACCCCCCCAGACCCCUCCCUACGUCCCCCCACCCCUGAUUCCUGGGUGCUUCCCCGUCCCCAAAUAAACAGGGUGUGCAAAAAGUCUGGGGGUGUCUCU